CCAUCUUCAUUUCAUUCUCAAUUAAUUCCUUCUGCUUACCACGUCUUUGCCAUCUUAAGUGUUUUUAUUCAGCUUACUACAUCAAGUUUAAACUUGAGUUUUCAUUUUGCACGAAAAUGGCUAGUGCACUGAACAAAGCUGCUGCAAUGGUGUCCUUGAUGAUGAUGCUUUUGAGCAUAACAUGUCAAGCACAGCUUUCUUCUACAUUUUAUGCAAACACUUGUCCUAAUGCACUUAGCACUAUUCGGACUUCCAUUAGAUCUGCUAUUGCAGCUGAGCGCAGAAUGGCUGCCUCUCUGAUUCGCCUUCAUUUCCACGAUUGCUUUGUGCAGGGAUGUGAUGCCUCGAUUUUACUAGAUGAUGCUGCCUCCAUCACUAGUGAGAAAACUGCAGUGCAGAAUGAUAAUUCUGCAAGAGGUUUUGAAGUUAUUGACAAAGCCAAAGCUGAGGUAGAGAAGGUGUGUCCUGGAGUUGUAUCCUGCGCAGAUAUACUAGCAGUUGCAGCAAGAGACGCAUCCGAAUACGUAGGUGGUCCAACAUGGGCAGUUAAGCUUGGGAGAAGAGAUUCUACCACUGCAAGCAAGAGCCUAGCUGAGAGUAAUCUCCCCCGUUUCAUAGAUGAUCUUCCUAGGCUCAUUUCUCUCUUUGGAAACAAAGGCUUGAGUGCUAGGGACAUGGUUGCUUUGUCAGGUUCUCAUACAAUAGGACAGGCUCAAUGUGCCACAUACAGGAGCAGGAUAUAUAACAAUGCAAGCGACAUUGACGCAGGAUUUGCAAGUACUCGCAGACGCAAUUGCCCUGCCAAUAUUGAUCAAGGUAACACUAACUUGGCACCACUUGAUUUGGUAACUCCUAAUUCCUUCGACAACAACUACUUCAAGAACCUACUGCAAAAGAAAGGCCUCCUCCAAUCUGAUCAGGUGCUUUUCAGUGGUGGAUCUACUGAUAGCAUAGUUUCUGAAUACAGUAAAAAUCCAUCAACUUUCAAGUCUGAUUUCGCAGCUGCCAUGAUCAAGAUGGGAGAUAUAGACCCACUGACUGGAUCAAAUGGGAUCAUAAGGAAGGUCUGCAGUGCAAUAGCCUAAAAUUAGUGAAAAAUGAAAGUUUCCUUUGAUAAUUUUUUAUGUUCAUUCAAUUUGUUGUGAGUUAGCCUCUACAUUUAAUUCCUUCAAAUGUAAAAAAAAGUUGUGUCCUCCAAUUUUCUUAAUAAUAAUGAAAAUUCCCU